AUAACGAAAGAACCACACACAGACGCUGAGAGCAAGAGAAGAGAUGAUGGUAAUCAGCUACAGCGCAUGUACACCAUAUCACCGUGUUCCUCACAUCUGUUACAUCAGAAACCUUCAUCAUCUAACAACUACAAUGCUGCACUGUGAAUUGGAGUCGGUGUUAACAAGAACUAGCAGACGAUCAUUAUCUUUAUCUCUGCUGGCAUCAUUUUCUGUCCCUAUUUUGUUUUCUAAUUCGGAAACUGUUGCUGCUGCUGUUGCGGAUACUCCUCGGUUUUUUGAACUAGCUGAUUCUGGUGGUGUAAAGGCGUUGGAACUCCGUGUUGGUGAUGGCCGCGAUUCUCCUGUCGAUGGUGAUCAGGUUGCUAUUCAUUACUAUGGACGUUUAGCUGCUAAGCAGGGAUGGCGUUUUGAUUCGACAUACGACCACAAAGAUGAAACUGGUGAUCCGGUUCCGUUUGUGUUUACUCUUGGUUCAACCAAAGUCAUAGCAGGGAUUCAAGCAGCAGUUAGAUCAAUGAAAGUGGGUGGUAUACGUCGAGUUAUUAUCCCGCCAUCCCAGGGAUAUCAAAACAUGGAUCAGGAGCCUGUUCCACCAAAUUUUUUUGACAGGCAAAGGCUGUUUACAACCAUUUUCAAUCCUACACGUCUUGCUAAUGGGGAAGGCUCUACGUUGGGGAUUAUCAUAUUUGACAUUGAACUUGUCUGCCUGAAGCACCAAUGAACUGGUAACCUCCAGUAUAUAUUUGUAUUUUGAAAACACAUUUACAGUUUGUAAUUAAUCUUGUGCAUAAUUUAAAACCCAACAAAUCUUAUCUGAA